ACUACAACAUAUGAGAUUAUUGCUGGUAAGUGAAGUAGCCAUCCUAAUGGCAGAGACUCUAAGACAGAGAGAUAGGAGAUGUUCAUGCAACAAAGUGUAGGGCUCUCCAUUUAAUUUUCACCAAAUGAUGUGGUGUUUUUUCACAGAACCAAGAGAAAUGGCAUAUAGCAAUAAUGCUAUGAGUACUGGGAAAACUCACUAUGUUCCUUUCAGGGUCACACCUCCUACUAUGAUUAAGAAAAACUGUAGGCUGAGUUUUAUUAGAAUCACCAUCAUCAUCGUCUUCCCACCACUACCAUCAUAAUCAAAUAAUACUUGAUCAAUCAGAUGAAUCUGCAUAUAGGAAUGACGGCUGUCUGUAAAGACCAUGACUCCAGGUCUGGAAAACAACCUUCGCAGACCCUAUCUCCUUCAGAUUUCUUGGACAAAUUAAUGGGAAGGACAUCAGGAUAUGAUGCAAGAAUCAGGCCAAAUUUUAAAGGUCCUCCAGUAAACGUUACUUGCAAUAUUUUUAUCAACAGUUUUGGAUCGGUCACAGAAACCACCAUGGACUACCGUGUGAACAUUUUUUUGAGACAACAGUGGAAUGAUUCACGGCUGGCAUACAGCGAGUACCCUGAUGAUUCUCUGGAUUUGGACCCAUCUAUGCUGGACUCCAUUUGGAAACCAGAUCUGUUCUUUGCCAAUGAGAAGGGAGCCAAUUUCCAUGAUGUCACCACCGACAACAAAUUGCUACGGAUUUCAAAAAAUGGCAAAGUACUCUACAGUAUUAGACUCACCUUAACCUUAUCCUGCCCCAUGGACUUGAAGAACUUUCCAAUGGAUGUCCAGACCUGUACAAUGCAGCUGGAGAGUUUUGGGUACACAAUGAAUGACCUGAUAUUUGAGUGGUUAAGUGAUGGUCCAGUGCAAGUUGCUGAAGGAUUGACCCUGCCCCAGUUUAUUCUGAAGGAAGAGAAGGAACUUGGUUACUGCACAAAGCACUACAACACCGGAAAGUUUACCUGCAUUGAAGUCAAGUUUCAUCUGGAACGGCAGAUGGGAUAUUAUUUGAUCCAGAUGUACAUACCCAGCCUGUUGAUAGUCAUUUUAUCCUGGGUCUCCUUUUGGAUAAACAUGGAUGCAGCCCCUGCCAGAGUCGCACUGGGCAUCACCACGGUCUUAACCAUGACCACACAGAGUUCAGGUUCCAGGGCAUCUCUGCCAAAGGUCUCCUAUGUGAAAGCGAUCGACAUCUGGAUGGCAGUGUGCCUUCUGUUUGUCUUUGCUGCCUUGCUGGAGUACGCAGCUGUCAACUUUGUCUCCAGGCAGCACAAGGAGUUCCUGAGGCUCCGAAAAAGACAGAAGAGACAAAAUAAGGAGGAAGAUGUUACUCGGGAAAGCCGCUUUAAUUUCAGUGGUUAUGGGAUGGGUCACUGCCUCCAGGUGAAAGAUGGGGCUGCUGUCAAGGCCACACCUGCCAACCCGCUGCCACCACCCCCUAAAGAUGCAGAUGCCAUCAAGAAGAAGUUCGUGGACCGGGCAAAAAGGAUUGACACAAUAUCUCGAGCUGCCUUCCCACUGGCCUUCCUCAUUUUCAACAUCUUUUACUGGAUCACAUAUAAGAUCAUUCGGCAUGAGGAUGUCCACAAGAAAUAG